AUGACUUCGAACGACUGGAAGGUGACAAAUCGUCAUUUGCAAAUCCUCCGAGCCGCUGAAGAUGGCAACUACGGUGUUCUAGCCGCUAUUGCUUACAACAUCGAGCAGAUUCUGGGUCUCGUUCGCGCCGCGGAAAGAGCUCGUUCUCCUCUCAUCCUUCAAUUCUUCCCUUGGGCUAUCAAAUUUUCAGAUGGCCUCCUUAUUCGUACGGCCGCCGAUGCCGCUCGGCGGGCGACCGUGCCCAUCUCGAUUCACCUCGACCAUGCUCAGGAAGAGGAUAUCAUCAAGUUGGCGGCUGAUGAACUGCCCUUCGAUAGCAUCAUGGUCGAUAUGUCACAUUACAAUAAAGAAGAGAACUUGACCAAGACAGCUAAAUGGGUCAAGUACUGCAAUAGCCGCAAGAUUGCAACUGAAGCAGAACCAGGACGCAUUGAGGGGGGCGAAGAUGGAGUUAUGGAUACAGCAGGGUUAGAGGCAAGCAAGACAACGCCGGAUGAAGUCGACCAGUUCAUCGCGACAGGUGUAGAUGCUUUAGCACCUGCAUUUGGCAACGUACACGGUGAAUAUGGCCCGCAAGGGCCUCAACUGGACUUUGAGAGACUCGCCCUCAUCAAAACGCAAGUCAAUAAACGAGCCAGAAUUGCUCUCCAUGGUACGAAUGGGUUCCCACCUGACUUGAUGCACAAAUGUAUCAAGGCCGGUACCACCAAGAUCAACGUCAACAGAAUCGUUCUCGAUGACUAUUACGCCCAUUUGCGAGCCGAAGGAACCAUAAAACAAUCUCAUACAGCGAUAAUGGAGCAAGGAGUGGAGAAAGUCAUAGACCAAACAGUUGAGUGGAUGGAGAUUCUCGGAUCCGCUGGCAAGGCACCUCCUCUGUAA